GCUCCUGUGACAGGGCCCGUCUCCUCCACUCAGGCCUGAAGGUGGCUUCCUCGGGGCUCAGGAUGCAAAGGUGGGGGUCAUGGGCCGCGGCCUCCCUGGCCCUCCUGUGUGCACAGGCCUUUCCACAGACGGACAUCAGUAUCAGCCCAGCCAUGCCGGAGCUGCCCCGGGCUUCCCUCUGCCCCCUGUUCUGGAUGGAGUUCAAAGGCCACUGCUACAGAUUUUUCCCUCUCAAUAAGACUUGGGCUGAGGCUGACUUCUACUGUUCUGAGUUCUCCAUCGGCAGGAAGUCCGCCAAACUGGCCUCCAUCCACAGCUGGGAAGAGAAUGUCUUUGUAUAUGACCUGGUGAACAGCUGUGUGCCUGGGAUCCCAGCUGACAUCUGGACAGGGCUUCAUGAUCAUAGACAGGAAGGCCAGUUUGAGUGGACAGACGGCUCCUCCUAUGACUACAGCUACUGGGACGGGAGCCAGCCAGAUGACGGCGUCCACGCGGACCCCGAAGAGGAGGAUUGUGUGCAGAUAUGGUACCGGCCCAGCAGCGCUCUGAGGUCCUGGAAUGAUAACACCUGCAACCACAAGUUCCCCUUUGUCUGCAAGAUCGCCUCUCUGACCAUUCACUGAUCCAGUCUUGGCCCCUCACAGUGAGCCCAGCUCCAACACCAUCUUGUAGCUGUACGUAACGUAGAUGAAACAAUAAUGUGAAACACAGAUGAGAUAGAGUUCCCAGGCAGAGAUUUGAAGCAAGCAAGCUUUAAUGAUACAGAGUGGUUACUUGGUCAUAAGUGACAGGAUACACAAGAUAAACUGGCUUGAUAAAUAAAAAGGGGCGGCAGGUUUGUUGCCCCAACUAAACA